AUGUUACAAAACUUUUCGUAUGUGCAUCAUUCAAAGUUCACUGUGAUAUUGGUGAUUGCUUCUGUUUUGACAUCCUUACAGAGUUCAAUACAAGGUCAUGUGCUAGAAUUCACGGUCGAGCCAACAGACACGGUGGUAGAAGCCGGCCAAUCGGCAGUCCUCGAUUGCGUAGUAAGAGCUUCCCAUCACCAAUCCAGCGUUCUAAUACAAUGGCUCGAUCAAGACGGCUCCAAAUUGAACUUCAUCGGCGAUUUGUACAGAUCCCAAUUAACCAACGGUUCCUUAUACAUAACUAGCGUGAUCGAAGGCCAGAGAUUAACGGGCAAAUACCAAUGCAUAGCGACCCUACCGAACGUCGGCUCUAUAGUGAGUCGCAUCGCCAAGCUAAGCAUAGCCAAUCUAGCGGGCUUCCAAGAAGAACCGAGAGAUUUGAGUGUAUACAUCGGACAACGGGCCUACUUCGCCUGUCUGGUAAUCAGCGCGCCCGCGCCGCGCAUAAGAUGGCUGAAGGACGAGCGGCCUCUUCUCGUCGACGAUCUCCGCAUGGCCAUUCUACCGUCGGGCGCUUUGGAAAUCGACGAAGUCGUGGAGUCCGAUCAGGGCACUUACAGGUGCAACGCUUCGAUUUUGAGCACUCAUAAAUUGAGCAACAAGGCCGUGUUGCACGUUGGUUUGGAUCAAGAGGAGGCUCUGAAUGUAGCCGGUCCGAGUUUCGUGGCUCAACCGCUUCCGGGGACUUACGUCGAAGGCCAGAACGUUUCGCUCGAUUGCGCUGCUAAUGGGUAUCCCAAACCGGUGAUUACUUGGUUGAAAGACGGAUAUCCCAUCGAUAUGAACGAUCUGGACAGUCGGUUUAAAUUCGCCGGUACUACCAAUUCCCUCAGGAUCACUAACAUUAAGGAAGAAGAUGAUGGUACUUACCAAUGUCGGGCUGAGAAUAAGGAAGAUAGUUUGGAUGCGUCUGCUGUUAUUCACGUACAAGUGCCUCCUAGAUUUAUAAAGAAACCCCAAGAUAUCGUCGAACAUUCCACUAAAGAUAUAGAAUUCAAAUGCGCCGUUUCCGGUAUACCGGAGCCCGAAGUGCAAUGGUUCAAAAACGGCGAGCUCGUUAAAUAUUCUGAAUAUUAUAAAUUAGUUAAUGGUUACAAUUUGAAAAUAAUGGGAUUGAUGCCCAGCGAUUCCGGUUUAUUCCAAUGCUUCGCCACCAAUCAAGCGGGAAACAUCCAAGCCGUGGCCAAUUUGAAAGUACAAACCAAUCCAGAAAAACGUAGAAAACACCAUUCGAAAAAAGUCCCAUCGGAACACUCGAUAUCGCUCUUCACCUCCCUCAAAUCGGAUUCCCGCGGGAAAUUGUCCGACAUCCCUCAAUCGCAUGCCGCCAAAACGCCCGAAACGCACGCCUUCGAUCCCCAUUCCGUUUUUAACGCUUUGAAAAGUAGCGAAUCUAACGAUACCAAUACUAACCUCGGCGACGUUCAAUUUGCUUUCACCCCCUCGCCCCGCAAAUCCGCAGCCGAUUCGGAGCGGACGAAAGAAGAGGGUUUGCCCGGCCCGCCGCUGGAACUGAAGGCGCCCAUCGUCAAGGCCAGAUUCGUCAUACUCAGCUGGAAACCGCCGAUCGAGAACGGGGACAAUAUCCUGUCUUAUUCCAUUUACUACAGACAAAAUGCUAGCGACAGGGAACGAUUUUUGAAUACUACGAGAUCGAAGCUGGAGGAGUACAGCGUGAGCGAUUUGUUGCCGGGUCGAGAGUACCACUUUAGGAUUGUACCGUAUAAUGCAUUGGGUGCAGGAGAGUCUUCGGAAUUGUUAACUAUCACCACGCAAUCCGAAGAGCAUGUAGCUAGUGCCCCGCAGAAUUUCAACGUGUACGCCACCACUCCUCGUAACAUCCACAUUAGCUGGCGCCCGCCCGAACUAACCAACGGGAAUAUCUUAAAAUACACCAUCUACUACAUGGAGACGAGUGCUUCGGUGGAACACAAUGUAGACACCACAGAUUUGAAUUAUGAUAUAAACGGUUUGAUGCCUUACACUGAGUACAGUGUAUGGGUGGUAGCGGUGAACGAAAACGGGGCCGGUGCUGCUACCGAGGAGAAGCUCGUGAGGACUUUUAGCGCUGCGCCGACUGAACCUCCGAUCAACAUCACCACGGAACCUUCUAGUACGAGUAUAACGGUGCGCUGGGAACCCCCUCCGGCGGAGUCCCAAAACGGCGUGAUACUCGGCUACAGGAUCAAAUGGCGUCGAAUCGCUCGAGGUAAAUCCUUCGCUCACACGACACAACCGAGCGAAAGACACUACGUCAUCAACGAUUUGGAAAAAGGAGUCUUGUACCAGAUCAGAUUGUGGGUGUUGAACAUCAACGGAACGGGUCCCGGUUCGGAAUGGGUGGAAGUCGAAACGUUCCAAAACGACGUCGACGAGAGCCAGGUGCCCGACAAACCGGCUUCUAUAAGAGUCCGUCCCACGUUCGAUAAGCUUUACGUGAUGUGGUCCCCGCCUAACAACCAGAAAACCCGCGUGCGUCACUACAUCCUCGGCUGGGGCAAAGGCAUACCCGAUAUGUACUCGCAGGAAUUGGACGAGAGAAAUAGAACUUACGUCAUCGAUAGAUUGGAACCCAAUUCGGAGUACGUGUUGAGUUUAAGAGCGAGCAACCAAGUGGGCGCUGGCGCUCCAAUUUACACGCAAGUUCGUACACAAGACGAACCCCCGCCGGAACCCGCUGUCACUCUUUAUCCUCCGAUGGGACUCAAAGCGCAAGUUUUAAGUACCAGUUCGGUGGUGCUUUAUUGGACCGAUCAAACGCUAAAGCAAUCACAAUACGUUCGAGACAACCGAUACUACAUCGUCAAAAUCACCGAUGAUAAAAUGAAAAAACCGAGAUUCAUCAACGUGACCGAUUUGAACGUGAUGGUGGACGAGUUGAAGCCGAACACGCUGUACGAAUUCUCCGUCAAACUCGUUAAAGGUCGCAAGGAGAGUUCGUGGAGCAUGGUGGCCCACAACAGGACGUGGGAACUGCCGUUGAACGUGGCCCCUCGCGAGCUCGACGCGCAUUUCAAGGACGAGGAUUCGCAGCUGUUGGAGCUGUCCUGGCAACCGCCGAAGACUUACACGGGUCGCAUAACGGGAUAUGUAAUAUUGUAUACGGAUAAUAGGAGUCUCUCCGAUCCCGAAUGGAACGCUUCGGUGGUGAAAGGAGACGGUCAUUCGAGUAUUAUUUACAACCUGAAGCCGUUUACGAUGUAUUAUUUCAAAGUGCAGGCGAGGAAUAGCAGGGGUUACGGACCGUUUUCCAACGUGAUUACCUUCAGGACGGGACAACGUGUUGCAACUUUCCGUUCAAUUCCAAGUCAACAAUUAGAAUCCGACAGCGUCCUAUCCAGCGAGACUCAGCUCUAUCUAAUAAUAGGCGGAUGCAUAUUGAUCGUAGUAACAAUAGCAGGCGUGAUAUUCUUCCUCUGUUGCCGAAGAUCGAACGCCAACGCAUCGCCCGAUAGAGUGAAGAAGGGUUACCAGAAAGGUUCGCAGAGCAUCAAACCGCCGGACCUGUGGAUCCACCACGAGCAAAUGGAAUUGAAAGCCGUCGGCGACAAAAGGCAUUCGCACAACGACGAGGCGAGCAGCAGCGGCGCCAUGACGUUGCCCCGGAGCUCCGGCAGGAACGACUACGACCAUCACGACGGCAUCAAUACGAAUUCUUUGGACAAGCGCGGCUACGUUCCGAAUUACGUCGCGAUCGCUACGCCGAUCAAUUCGACGACGUUGAGCCAAUCGAGCAACGAUUCGACGCCGUCGAGCCGACAGCCGUUCGUCAGAACUCAAUACUCGAUGCCGGCUAGAGCACAGAUGCCUGUAGAUCCGAAUUUCCCUCACAAUCAAGCCGCCGAGAACGUUUACAUCACCCAUCCGGUGGCCCACAAUCCGCACGACGCCGGCACCCCCUUGAGUUCCGGUUACAUAGGGCAUCCCCAGCCCGUACCUACGGGCGGUUACAACACCCCGACGGGGUCCGGUUGGGCCGUAGACGGGACUAAACGAAUCCAAGCUCAAGGCCACCCGUUGAAGAGUUUUACCGUGCCAGCGCCGCCGCCUUUAUCAGCGCCCGGUACGCCACAAGCCAAGCAUAUUGUAACAGUGAGACCGACGACUUCGCCGUACAAGAAGGCGCCCGCGACGGGCGGGAGCCCGCCGACGGGGACGGGCGUCGCGACGUCGCGGAUCAGCGCGUCGAAUCCGCCGCCUUACACGGUCGACGAGAUCCAGCGAUUGAAGCCGUCGCAUUCGACGGAGGAACUGAACCAGGAGAUGGCGAAUUUGGAGGGGUUGAUGUUGACUUUGAACGCCAUCACGGCCAACGAGUUUGAAUGUUGA